AUGGAACACCUGGCCCCGCACCACCUUCACCCGGGCCACGCCGAGCCCAUCAGUUUCGGCAUUGAUCAGAUCCUCAACAGCCCGGACCAGGGCAGCUGCAUGGUGUCCGCCUCGCGCCUACAGGACGCCGACUACGGGCUCGGCUGCAUAGUUAGCAGUGCCUACAACACCAUGACCGGGAGUUAUGGGGGAGCCGGUGGAGGCAGUGGCAGCGGCGGGGCUGGCCCCGGGCCCGGGCCCGGGACCGGAGCCGGAGCAGGCGGCGGCGGGGGCUACGGAGGCGGUGGCGGCAGUGCCUGCAGUAUGGCCUCGUUGGCCGGCUCCUACAACAUGAACAUGGCCAUGGGCACGGGGGGCGGCGGGAGCGGUGGCGCACUCAGCUCUGCCGGGGUGAUUCGGGUACCUGCCCAUAGGCCGCUGGCCGGAGCAGUCCCUCACCACCAGCCCCUAGCCACUGGCAUGCCCACUGUACCUGCGGUGCCCAGCGUCAACAACCUCACUGGACUCACUUUCCCCUGGAUGGAGAGUAACCGGCGAUACACAAAGGACAGGUUCACAGGUCACCCCUACCAGAACCGGACGCCCCCGAAGAAGAAGAAACCACGCACCUCCUUCACGCGCCUUCAGAUCUGCGAGCUGGAGAAGCGCUUUCAUCGCCAAAAGUACCUGGCUUCGGCCGAGCGCGCAGCCCUGGCUAAGGCGCUCAAAAUGACCGACGCGCAGGUCAAAACCUGGUUCCAGAAUCGGAGAACGAAAUGGAGGAGGCAGACCGCGGAGGAGCGGGAGGCAGAGAGGCAGCAGGCUAACCGCAUCCUUAUGCAGCUGCAGCAAGAGGCCUUCCAGAAAAGCUUGGCUCAGCCGCUGCAGGCUGACCCUCUCUGCGUGCACAAUUCAUCACUCUUCGCCCUGCAGAACCUGCAGCCUUGGUCCGACGACACUGCUAAGAUCACCAGCGUCACGUCAGUGGCCUCGGCCUGCGAGUGA